GAAUGAAGAGCGUGUGUCCGUGGGUAGAAUGUAAACCUUGGCUGAGAAGGAAACGAAACCAGUACGAAACAGUCUCAGAAAACGACCCGAAUCAAACCCUGUCUAGCUUUCAAUAACCAGAGACGAUCCUCAGUCUCCAAGUUGCUCAAGCUUCUAUAUUUUCUCUCUUCUGAUUCUUGCUGGGUUUUAAUCAGAAUUUGAUUUAUACCAGGGGACUCUUGGGUUUUGAAGAUUGUAUGAUUAUCUAAGAGCUCUGAGGAGAUUUUAGGGACUCGUGGGUUUUGCUUACUUGGAGAAGAUGAUGCUGCAUUUUCGAGACCCAGCAAACCUGAAGACCAAGAAGAUUGUGUUUGAGGAGGCGUAUGCUGCUUGUGAUUCUGCAACACUUGAACAGCUGAAAGAGUUGAGCUCUAAGCGUAGGAUUCUCGAGGAGUCAACUAAUGAGAGCAGCCCCAUUACUAAGGCCAUUGCAAGGGAAAUGUCUGGAGGGUUAACUUCCCAGUCUCAACAGGUUCUUCAAAAACUAGAACUGUAUCUUCCAGUGUUGGAAAAUUUAUUCUUCCACAUUGAUUUGAUCAGCAGCAACGAACAGAUAGUUCAGUGGACUUCAGAACUCAAGAUACAAUGGACUAGUGCUCUUAGUUCAUCAUCGUUCUUUAACUUUGGAGGUUCGAAAUAUUUUCAAAUAGAUAACUUGCAAUUUGAGAUUGUUAUGACUCUUUUCCUUUAUGGCGCAAUCCUUCGGGAGAGAGCAUCAGAAGUUCUUCCAUCAGACCUUUUGAAAUCUGCGACCCUUUUCAGAGAAGCUGCUGGUGUUUAUCACUAUCUUGCUCAUCAGGUCCUUCCUUCUCUACAGCCUUCAGUCCCUGUGGAAAAGCCACCAGAAGUUGUUCCAUCUGUGUCCACUGUCAUGAGCCUUAUUUGUUUGGCUGAGGCCCAGGCAGUAACAAUAAAGAGGGCUGAAGAGAAGGGUACUACUGUUGGUCUAUUGGCAAAGUUGCACCAUGGUGUUGUAGAGUUGCUUGAUGAAGCCGCAUGUGCUUUACAUACAGCUUCCAUGGAAUGCAAAGAUAUUUCUUCACGCUUUGUGGAAUUCAUCACAUCUUGCAAAGAGUUGCAUGAGUUAAAAAGUCAGAAAUACUUGGCUGAAAGCCUGAAGAAUAAUAAUGAUGGCCAAUUCGGGGUUGCUGUUGGACUUCUUCGACGUGCACUGAUCAAUGCGAAAAGGAAAAUACCAAGUGAAGAAUCUUGGAAAUCUGUUUUCAAAAAGGAAAUUGAUGAUUUUGCCGAAUUACUCAGGAAGCAUGAACAUGAAAAUGAAUUUGUCUGGCAUGAGAAAAUCCCCUCUGGUGAUGAGUUGCCAAAACCCGAUGGUACCAAAAUCGCGAGUGUUAUACCUUACAAUCCCAAAAGAUGGGAAAGAGAACUCGCCUUCAAGAUGAUAGGAGCAUAAUUAUGUGAUAUUAAUAGCGUUAAUCUCUAUACUUUCUUUGUUAGUUUAGUGUAUUUUCUAGUUAUUUACGUUGUUUAUUUGUUUUAUAGGUAUCUUGGAGUAAAGAAGGAGAAAAGAAGUAAAAGAGGGAUUGAAAUGCAAAAUCGGGAAAUGUGCCUGUGCAGAUCAGUUAACUUCGACAGAGCACUGAGACCAGCUCAGAACGAUCCAGAUGAUGAUCUUUAUAUUUAUAGAAAGCCUCGGAUGUCUAGUUUCCAGAUCUUUUUACGGUUCGUCAAUAUCAUUUUUCUAGAGGAAGUUAUGACCGAUUUAGUACAAGAAGGUCAGGCUGCGCGUGAAUCUGAGGUUGGACGGGAAUUUAUGUUUCGAAGCCCAAAUCACACCGAAAAGCCCGAGGACGAGUUUGUGCUUCAUAUAUCAGCUCAAUAUAGACAAAUGGCAUGAUGUGAAUGGUUGGAAUGAGUCAUCAAGUUCAAGAGCCAAUAGGAAAACUCCACCUAAGCACGCUAACCCUAAUUCUUUUAAGUUUUGGAUUUCCUACACAACAAGAAAGAUAGAGGCAACCUCUAACCAUAUAAAAGGAGAUGAUUCUGCAGCAGCUCUCGCUCUCUCUUCCUCCCCCUUCUUUAGUUUGUUUUGUUUCUUCUAUGUUUAACUAGUUUUUAUUAGUUAGGGGGCUGCUUGAAGCCCCUAGACAUGAACUACAAGAUGAUUUAACCUUUGAUUUUAUUUUCUUUUAAUUCAAGAUGAGACUUUUGUUUA